UUUCCGUUCAUUUCCAACGUCUAUUGUAAAUACACAUUUGCGUACGGGCAGGAUUGGUCGGUCGUCGCGGGGAUAGAAGAUGGAAUUACUCAGCUUUCUCAUCCUAGUCAAGUAGCGACAACGAGAGGUCAGUUCGUUUUCAAUUUUCCCCUCGAAAUAACGUUCUCGUCGACCAAUCCUUGCGGAUGGCCGAGGCUUGUUUUGUCCUGCUACGGGACUGACUUUUUUGGUCAUGACGUCAUCAGAGGUUACGGUGCCACCACCUUGCCGGUUUCCCCGGGAUCCCAUAAGAAAACUGUGCCUAUGUUCGUGCCUCGAUCGUCCUCAGGAUUUCAGGCGGUGUUCGGCUGGUUGCUUGGUAGAAGACCCGAAUUCGCUGACCCCACGUUUGUUGCACAGUGCUCGAACCGCGAAAGUAACGACCUUUAUUUUUUUGCUUUUUCUAAGGGAGAAGUUAUGGAAGGAACUUUUUCAAACACAUUUUUUAUUCGCUACUUUUAA